UGCGUAACCUGAUUUAAAACUCCUGCAGAGCACCAUAAGCACUGACAUGGCUUACAUAUCUGGAUCGUGACUCGAUGGAGAUCAGCAAUCAUGCGCGCAGUUAACAGGAAGCUACAUGAAGAGCAGUAUUUCACUGGUGUUGCAUGGGAGAGUGAGUUGUUUUAGAUUUAGACUUAAUUUUCUCUUCGUUCUUCUCUACUGUUCCCCUCAAAAUGAGGAUAGGUUGAGUCACUGCUUUUAUUCUUCAUUGUUUAUCAAUUGGAAGUGGACUUAUCAGAGACAGUUUGCAUGCUCCAUUUGACAGCACGACCAGGGCACUUUGACUUCAAGUCCCAUGAUGCACCUCCAGUGCCCAAUACGAUCCAAGCGGCAGCCAGUCAGCAGCAGGUAAACAAACCUAUCUGCUCCUUCGGAAGGCGAGCCAAACAAAGCGUAUGCGCCGUCUGAACGUCUUGCAUUUUUAAUGGCGAGGAUGAUGAUAGUCGAUAAAGAGAUGCGUCAGCUGUCACGAUUUCAUUAAAAGAGACCUCGAAUUCUUGUUCAGUACAGGCGUGUCGACGAUAAACAGAAGGACGAGCUGAACCUGCAGCGGAGAAACCAGCGUUGAUAUCUGCGCAUGAUGCAUUGCAGCACUUUUGAGAAAAUGGGUGUUUUAAACCUCAUUCUCAGGAUAGGGUACAUGAUCCGAGAUGUCGGCUGGGUUCUUUAGCUACCGUAUUAUUUAAUUGUCCUGGAUUCUAAACAGCAUACCAUCUGUGCGACCUGCAACAUGGGGCCCAUCAUGCAGGAACGCACAGCAUCCACGACCCUGAAACGCGUCGUCUCCAAAGACAAGAUUCGGGUAAAGAAUACUGAAAACAGUGUGCCAGUAACAAGUUCAAAGAAAGGUAACAAGAUGAAGAAAGGAGUGGGUCAAAUGAAAAAUGGCCUCCCAGGACCAGGACAGGAUAAAGACACACUGGCCACAGUUCAGAAGGGUGCACAGUCAAAAGGAGGCAGGUUCAAAUCUGGCACCUCACGGAAUACAAGCAAACUCUCCAGCCCCGAAGAAGAAGAUUUGAGACCUCCUCUCCGCAAACACUUAUCCGUGCACAGGAAAGAGGAGAUCCAAGAAAAUCAACGGUUGUCUCAAUGCAGCAAUGAGCUCCACCCAAACCGUGGAGGAAUGGGGAAAAAUCGUCGAGCCCUCUCCCUGCCUCUCUCACCAAUAUCAGGUCUACGACACCUUCCAUCACACCCCCUGACACACUCCCCGGCCCCCACUCCAGAGGCCCUACAGCAGCAAUACAACCAGAAGGAUGUUGACAGUGACAGUGCCAGUGAUCUGUCAGACUCUGAGAGGCUGCCUGUUCUGCCCUCUCCCUGUACCCCCUGCACCCCUCCUCAUCUCAACCUCCGUGCCGAGGUCAUCAACUCGAACGACUUUCCGCCAGAUUUCCCAGGUCCUCGUGGGUGUGUUGGAGAUGAAAGUGAGGGUGAAAAACCCAACUACAGCUACUCAGACUUUCUGCCUCCUCCCUUCAACAGCUGGAGCCUGAGACAGCUGGCGGUAUUUCUGUACACAGAGGGCCGGGGAGCCCCCAGGCCCAAGCCUGUAGGGCCUCUAGAGAAGUACCUGGAGAGGCUGCUGCAGCUUGAGUGGCUACAGAUCCAAACAGUGCAAGCAGAGAACAGCCGCCCGCCUGGGAGCCGUCCGAGGCCACAGAGUUUUCCCUCUGCCACCACCGCACACCAACCCAGGCCUCACACAGCUCCGUCAUCUCGUCUUAACUCCCCUAAAGGUCUGCGGCAAAGUCAGCGAGCCUUCCCAUUUGCACCUGUUAACAACCCUCCAUCACCUGCUUCAACCCAGCACCAGCACUCCCGCUUCCCAGUUUGCCCUCAUUGUCACAUUCGCUUCCCCCUCUGUAAUGGAAGCUGCUCUGCAUAUGCCUACCAGCGCCACUCACGGCUCAGUCCACUGCUAGAGCGCAGAGCCAGACCAGGAGCACCAGCAAAGAGGAGCAGCAGUGAGACCCGUGCAACCUCCACUGAGGGUAGAAGCCCAGGAGCACAAGGUGGUGGAGGGGGAGGAGGAGGAGCCCAGACCCCAGUAAGCCCCUCAGCUGGAAGGAGUCAUCUCAGACACAUGCAGGCUGCAGGCAAUGCCCGCAAGCAACCCCAGGAACCUGGAAACAACCCAAACAGCAGAGGUCCAGUGAGGAAAAGCCGCGUCAGAGCUAACUCUGAGACAGAUGUUAAGAAGGAACCUGGUGGCAGCAAAGCCACUGGUGCAGAGAAACGUGUCUUUGCUGCAAGUAAGAGGGAGGUCAACACCUCCAAGAGAGCAGAGAAGGACUGGCAGAGGACAGAGGCUGGAGGUCAAGCCUCUAAAACUGCCAUGAAGAGAUCUGUUAAAGAGCCACAGUCUCUCUCCAAAGCACCGCUUAGUAAUAAGCAGAAUGGCAAAACAAAAAAUGUGCACUUUGUCGCAAAGUAACCUGUAUACAUCUACAGUAUAGUGCUUUAUUUAGUGUUUACUUGGUACAGGAGCUUGAACCUAUGCUUGCUUUCUGUGUAAUCUGUGUAAUACUAACAUGUAACUGUUGUACAGCAGAAUAAAUCAGUGGUGUACAGCCUUCAAAAGGUCAAAACUAACAAGUGGUUUUGCAGCUAGACUAGAGAUAAAACAGCAUGACUUCAGUGGAUAACACUUAAAUAGAACAGAAAUAUAUACAUAUAUUGUAUUCAUUCAAACUCAACAGUAGGUACACGGUCAUAAUGUUGCACUGCGGGAUGAGAGAAGGCUUUGAUGACCCUCAGCACUACCAGACUCUGACAUUGCUUCUCUGUUAUUCCAACUCUGUUGCACUGCAAAAUCUUAUUUCCUUGUGCUACCACUGUUAAAACAUGGAUUGAAUAAGCAUCUAUUGUACCGCUGAACAUCUUUCAGCAGAAGUAAUCCAAUAAAGUUUGAUGAAGAUUAUUGUAUUUUGGUAAUCCAAUACAACCGUAGCUAUUACUAGUAGAGUUUUGAUGUUAUAAAGUUGUAUGUUUUCAAAGCUCUUACUUUACUUGAUGUUGCUCUUUUAUCUUUUCUUUGGUGCCUCAUGUUUUCAGGUCACGUGUUCAGUUGGAGCAUCUUUGGCUGGAAUGAACAAGGUGCAGUGAGUGGUGUUGUUCUGGAGUUAUGUAGGUUGUUUCAGAUAAAUAUGCGUAAUGGAUUUAUAUUUUUGGUUUCAAGGGCUUUCAUGUUUGAGCAGCUUGAAUUGUAGUCGAUGAUGAUGAACUGUAUUUUGAAUAGAGCUGAGCUCUUUCCAUCAUUGAGGACAGUGUAAUGUUUGCUAUGAAUGUAAAUGCAUAUUUUUCCAAAUUUUGUACACCAUAGUUAUAUUUAUGAAAAGUGUUGUGGUUGACCUGUACUCACCAUUGUCAUUAUUAUGUUUACAUUUUCAUGCACAAACAGAAAAUAUUUAGCAGAAGAGCAGAAUGUAAUAUGAGGCCAUACGACUGAGUCAUUCCCAUGAUGAGGGAUUUAAACACUUCAUCCCAGAUAUGCUGUGACGGGUAAUGGUUCUACAUAUCACCUCCAUCUUCCACCGCAUACUUGAAGUCUGUAGAGAACUGUGUUUACAUUAGAGUGUCUUCUGUUUUUCGUGAUUUACCAUGCGCACUGAAUUCAUGGCAGCACUACAAUGUAAAUAAUGUGAUACGUACUCAUACUGAAACCCUCCUCUUAAUGUUUAUGUAAAGUAUCAAAGCCAUAGACAAGGGACCAGGAGUGGCCGUGUUCUUAUAAAUGUGUACAUUAAGUCGACAAGCACGCAGAAAGAUUGUGGUAUGUAUUUUCACAAUGUUGAAUGCAAGUAUUUGUAAGGCAUAGAAAUAAAUGUUUUGCACUGAA